GGCUUGAGCUUUGACCGCCCGAUCGAUCUCGAGCUGACUACCAGCGAAAAAGGGCAUCGCCGCUUGCGUAUAAAAAGUCUACAGAUACAUCUUGGCCCCCCUCCUCUCCUCGUUUUCCUUGCGGCUAGCUUGAUUUUUCGGAGUGGUCUUGUUCACACAGAAACACUCACCGUGCAGCAGUAACAGCUCGCCAUGGGUUGCCGAAGGGCCUCUUCGACCACUCUUCUCAUGAUCACCUUGGCCGUCGUCGUCUUCCUCGCACUUGACCCUCCCACUGUUGCUCAUGCUCGCCACGUGAGGAGCCCGUCCAUGUCGGCCGGCGAGCAUUUUUUGUCUAUAAAGAAAGAAGGAUCGCAAGGGACGAGGAACCAUGGUGCGGAGCACAGCAAGAGCACUGAUGAAACCGUGCGGGUGGAGAAGGGGUUAACGGGAGAAGCUGCCGGCGCGGCCGGAGCAAGCCUCGGCCGCCGCGGAGGAAACGCUAGUCCUGCUGCGUCUGACGAGAAGGUCGUCGUGGUUGCUCGCUACGGGCCCAGGCCUCACCCUAAGAAACACAACUAAAUUAAGGUCUAGGUAUCCGUUUGCUGUACCUAUUUCUUCUUGUAGCCUAGUGUUUUCUUUUUCUUCCCCCCUUUUAGCUUGAUUGUCUCUACAGGUGAAGAUAGGAUAGGAAUUAGGAUGGAUAAAACUCCAUAGAUGAUAGCAGUGUACUAGUCAGUUGAGUGGUUUGUCAUCACUGAGAAGUUAAUCUUACUUGAUAGAGAUUCUCAGUUUCUCAUCUCGUAUAGCUAGAAGCACUGGUGCUUGGUUUGAG